AUGGACUACGCACUUGAGGAGUACGAUGAUAUCGAAAUGAAAAACUUUGAAAGUUCGGACAACACGAAGGCCAUGUUUCACAAGUUUCAGAAUAAAAUCGACUUUAAUCUUAAGUCAUCUGAACGAACUCGGGACAAGAGUGACAGAGCUACCACAAAUCACGCAUUAGACAGACGCUCCUGCUCCAUUCUCUACAAAAUGAUGAGUCAGGGCACUUUUUUCGAAAUCAACGGCUGUAUUAGCACGGGUAGGUUUUCCAUUUUCUCGAGCUUGCUCCCUGUGAACCCCCAAUUGCACUACGCACGUAUGGCUCGGCUUAGUUUUCUUCCACUGUAUAAAUUUACUUAUCGGCUUAACUCCACCUCCUCUCUCAUUCGCAUUAAGAGGUUCGCUGUAGAUCUUUUAACUGUCGCCAAUUGCGAAUCACGUGCGGUCGUGAUCCGCACACUAAUUUAUAGUAAAAAAAGAUUUGCUGUGCAACCACCCCACUCUCUCCUCCGACACCUACAAAUUGGGGGCGAUCGGAGAUGAGCGUGAGCACAAUUGCUGACUGUGAGUGUAACACAACUGAAAACGUACUAGGUUUCGUUGGGCGGUGAAGUUUCCAUGCAGGUUGCGCUAGAAUGGAGCUGUGAGCCUGACCCCCAAUCCAGAGUUAGACCGAGUUAUCGCGUCCCUUGGAAACCUCCCAAGCCCCGAAUGUUAGCGUGUUGGCUUGGUUGGAAGGCGCGUUUGGUUGUCUAUAGUAGGGAGCCUAGGCGUCGGAUCUGAGCUGGAUCGGCCGCAUUCUCCCUUGCCUCUCCCAUGUGCUACUGGUCCGUCAACGUUUGUGGGCUGACUGAUGCUGAGUUUUAGCGUGGCGACUGACCUGGCACGAAGGUCUCCAUCUGCCAUGUGCCACAUGCACAUGCAAAGACAGGUGCUGGCUCUCGUUAUUACGACAUUGACAAAUAUCAUCGUUGUUUGGUGUGUGAUCGAUGGCUGACCCUAGUGUAUUCGCAUAUGGCCGGAGAUGCCUGUCCCUGUCUUGUGGCUUAGUGUGUAGGACGGUGAGCUUGAAUGUUGAAUGACAGUACUGAUCGUUAUCGAAUGUAAACAUGGUUGAAUUGACUCAUCUGGUCUCCGGUGCUUUUUACAUUGUGGUCAGGGAAGACCUGCGUAGGGUUUGUUGCCCGGAGCUCCGAGUACCGGUCCUGCCUUCCGUUCGGGAGGCGGCCUCCCAGAGGUGACUCAAAUAUUGCCCCUUCUUUGUAUUACGGCCCCUUAAUCAACACAAUCAACGUGCACCCGCGUUUUUCUGCUAUUUUUGUUCCGACCCUCAUGCCUUGGCGGGUGCGUUGUGAUAGACUAAUUUUCUGGCGAUUGGGACAUUCCUCCCUUCUGAUUGGUUGGCCACUCAGUUAUCUUAAAGUAAAUGGACAUUUCAGGCUACUUUAGUGUGUGAGGUCAUUUCAAAAAUAGACGUUAGAUCGUCGGAACGUUGGUUGUUGUUUAGUUUAGUGGUUUGACCGUGUGUUUAGCGGUCACGAGCCGCUGACACUUUGCAAACGUAAUGAUUUCCAGCGUUUGUUUGGGAUAGCUCAUUCAACUUUUUUCCACGUGAGGAGUGCCUCACUGCUUAGAUGUCACAGACGGCUUCCGGGUUCCCGCAUAGAUCAAGACUUUGUAUUGGUUGAAGGACUGCCCGGAUUGAUCUGAGCUGUUUUGAGGUAGCAUAUCGCUCUCUCCGCUGGAUCUUUAGAGUUGAAGUUGGGAAGGGAAGUCAUGGCUUACGCCUGCGCAUGCCGCACCACGUUUUAUUGCUAUGUACCAAAUGAAUCAAGCUCUACACAGGGCCUAAUCCUGUGGGGAAACCCCAACCAACAAUCCACAUUAGUUUAGUCGUCGGUUUAUGUGGUGACCGGAGUGUGACUGCUUCCCAAUGCAGUUUCUUGCAUCUACAGGUAAGCGACGACUGGUAGUAAAGGAUUGAGCGGAGUAAUCACCACGUGCAUCGAGGUCUGUGGAGUGAUUCUUAAUUCCUACCAGGUUUACUCCCUACCCGGACACACCGUGUUCUACCGCUGUGCUGUCAAACUUAUAAUGCCAGAUGACUAAUUUGGACUUAUGUACUCACGGCAAUAAUGUGCCUCACAGACAACAUACAAUGCGGGUUAAGGAUCCUGCGCAUUUACGCCAGUAGCAUGGGCAUGCCCCUUUUUCGUGUUUAUUGCUGUUUGCGCGACGGACCGUCUGGGCUACGUUUGCCCUUUUUCUUCCAAGUCUUGUUAGACUUACUGGGAGAGGUGUAUUGAAGGUCUGACGUCUCGAGUAGUUGUUUCUUCUACCCAUCUUCAGAGACCGAGAAGUCAUACACACAGCUUUCCUUAUAUCGCGCACUUUGUUUGAUGCCUGGCCCGCCAAUGCCGCAUGUGUGGCUGCAUCCGAACCGCAUGUCACCGUGACCUAAAUCCCGCCCAUCUUCGUCUUUUGAUAUGCCACUUGGGAAUCGCAUUUUCACUGCUAUUGACUUGUUAGAUUUCCUGUUCUUAACUGUUGGCAUUAUUUCGCUUGUCUGUCCAAAUGGACUAGAUGGGGAGCCAGUAUGGCAAAUUGCUCUUUGUCUUAACCUUAAUUUGUGACCCAAAUUUCAGGGUUCAACGAACACUUUCCUUAACAAAGUACUUUCCUCCUUUUGGUCACAACAUUCUGAAACGUCAAAUCCAGUGGACGCUUGCUCAGCUAAUACAGCUAACACGGAUGCCCGAUACACGCGGAUUUUGUUGGCGACUGAAAUAUUUUGGCAGGUCUCUGGGCACCUUGGAAAACUUAAAAAACUGUGAUCAGUUUCUUCUCGAGCGACCAUAUCUUUAUCUUGUCUUUUCGGUAGUAACUUGGCACAAGAUAUUUUAAACCGUCCUAUUCAAGUUCAGACCUGUAAAGCAUAAGAAGUACCUGACCAAAGCUGCUACUCAGGAAAACUGUCCGUUUCAUCGUUGAUAGGUAAACUGACGGAUUUGCCAACCUCUUUCACACAAAACUACAUUAUGGAGUGGGAGAUAUCAUCAUCGUUUUCGAGGACAGUCGAUCAGUAUGCUGAUGCAGAUUCGACGCUAAGACUGCGUAGAGCCUUUCCAGGAACCCACUUAAUCGCGUAAUUAAACAGGAUGGGCGAUAGAACACUUUAUUUAAUACCCGAGCUGGCAAAAAACGUCUGGAGGAGGUUGCUAGACAUCAAACCUCAUGCAGUGUUGGGACAACAUUGACUGGCGUAUAGCGGCUUGGAUGGUGGGCAUACCUCAACCACCACUAUGUUUAGGGCUCAAUUCCCUCAUGGACAAGGGAAAAGGCUCCAGUGGCAAAUAUGUUUUCUGCUCAAUGGCUUGAUAACUUUCAGAGCCCUCGACGUGCGCCCAGUUCAAGGCCUGCGCACGAACUUCCCCAAGGGUUAUGUGGGCACGAAUCAUUAAGCGUGUCCAAUUUGAGAGUUAAUGUCAGCUCGGUGAGUCUUCUAUGCUUCCAGGGUUUGUUAACACCUGUAGUUGACUGUCCCCCGCGGUGAAUGCGCGCACGUCACAUACGUUUGAGAGCCGUGCUCACACGGUGCUUAGCGUUUCAGAUAUCACAGGGACAGAAUGCUUAUACGCGUCUGAGGCGCUACUCACAUUUGACGGAAUUAAACACCGGAGAGGAAUCAACAAGCCUUAGUUGGCUCGUCAAUUUCAAACCUCGUGUCGCAGUUACCGUAACACUGCCGUAAUUCCAUUAUUUUAACAGAAAUUCUUUAGUUUUUUAGAAGCCGAGGUCACGUUGCUUUAAUUAUUCUCGGUGACUUGAAGGCCUUUGAGCUCUCAUGACGAUGAAUUGCACGUACUCUUCACAGCUGUAUCGUCACGGCUUUUAAUUAUCCAUCGGGAUCCCUUUACGGCGCAUGUUUGGAGUAUCCUUUGAGAGAACGAUAAACCACAGAAGUCUGUGGACUUGUCACGGUAUCUGCGCCAUAGCUGCUGUUGAUAAAGUUUGUUUUGACAUAAAUUGACCAUGUACACCCUUUUUACUGCCUCUGCCUACCAGUUGCCGGACUUUAUCCUCCAAUAAAGUCUCGAACUAGGGCCUGCCGGCAAUACGGUCUGCCUCAACUUUAUUUAUCCACAUACACUUAUUAGGAAACCGAGAUGAAUGCAUUCUGUUCCAUUCGGGCGUUAUUCACUCUUGCCUCUGCCCUUCCUCCCAACUAGGUAAGGAAGCCAACGUUUACCAUGCUGUCGGUCCCCAGGGGGACAUGGCCAUCAAACUCUACAUGACAUCCAUCCUUCCUUUCAAAUCACGAAAUAAGUACGUGGCGGGUGAUUUCCGCAUGCGUCACAACUACUCCACCUGCAGUUCCUGGAAACUUGUUUCCAAAUGGGCGGAAAAGGAGUUCCGCAACUUGAUCAGAAUCAACACUGCUCAGUCCAUUCCAGCGCCUGCGCCAAUUAAACUAAAGGGUGUGGUUCUUCUAAUGACCAUGAUUGGUAAAGACGGUUAUCCAGCACCGAAACUGAAGGAUGUGGCCUCGGGUGAGUGGGAGGAUUUCGGUCCACCGCCUGACUGGCCUAAAUUAUAUCGCCAGAUUCUAAACGAUGUGCGAACCCUCUAUCAGAAGUGUCGUCUGGUACACGCCGAUCUGAGCGAGUACAAUAUGCUCUACAUGGAUGGGAAAGCUUGGAUGAUUGAUGUUUCACAGGUAAACACCCGUGGAUUUUUUACAAGACAACUUUUGGUUCAGAAUGACUUAUAACACCACGAUUACCUUGAAUAUAAGCACAGCUUUUCGGAAUUUAUUGAAUGGGCGCACACCGAUCUAUUGGCUUCACGAAGCAAACAAGCUUCAUAUGGGUGGCAAAGGUCACGAACAGGCAACCAAUUACCAGGCCGAAGUCGGCCAAGUCAUAAUAGCAGCGAGGAGGGAUGACAGAGAAUGCGGGUAGAUUGAUACAGUACGGUUUCAGGCUUGUUUUGCCUUCGUUCAGCCAAUCAUAACCCUGGCCAGCAGCUGGGAUCAGAAACAUAAACAUGCGCACAGACGCACUUGGCGCAGUUGGUUUACCACACGGGUCUUCCAGAUGGGUCAUAAACACUUCAUCGAACCGAGGUUCAUCAGUGCCUCGCCAGGUGCGUCUGCGUGCAUGUUUGUGUAUCGUUACUGUAGCAACGAUAAUCUUCUUAAAAAAGAACUCGCUUUGUUGUAUCGGUUAUUCCGGCUCAACGGAUACCCGGUCAGCUUUGUGAAGAAUUGUCUCAGACAUCAGAGACGACCACAAGGCGUUAGUUCUAAUGAGGGACUCGAACUACGGAAAUCCUACUCUCUACCCUACAUGCAGGGCACUUCCGAAGCGAUCACCCGUCUAACCGGUUUGGCGUCUUCAUUGCCCCCAAGCCGGCGUCCUCCCUGCGCGGAACACUAUCCCGAGUAA